CUCGUGUGGACAGUAAUGACCGCACGCUUCCGAUUGCCUGCUGGCAGAACCUACAAUGUCCGGGCAUCAGAGCUGGCACGAGACAGACAGCACACAGAGGUGGCCUGCAACGUCCUUCUCCUGGAUAACACUGUACAAGCAUUCCGAGUUAAUAAACAUGAUCAGGGACAGGUUCUGUUGGAUGUAGUCUUCACACACCUUGAUUUGACUGAAAGAGAUUAUUUUGGUUUACAGUUGGCUGAUGAUUCCACAGAUAACCCAAGGUGGCUGGAUCCAAACAAACCAAUAAGGAAGCAGUUAAAGAAAAUGCUUUUAUUAAUUCUAGGAGGAUCUCCUUACAGUUUGAACUUUAGAGUCAAAUUUUUUGUAAGUGAUCCCAACAAGCUACAAGAAGAAUACACAAGGUACCAGUAUUUUUUGCAAAUUAAACAAGACAUUCUUACGGGAAGAUUGCCCUGCCCUUACAAUUCUGCUGCCCUUUUGGCUUCUUAUGCCGUUCAGUCUGAACUGGGAGAUUACAACCAUUCAGAGAAUUUGCCAGGCUACCUCUCGGAUUAUUCUUUCGUUCCUAGCCAGCCUCAAGACUUUGAAAAAGAAGUAGCAAAAUUGCAUCAGCAACAUACGGGCUUGUCUCCUGCAGAAGCAGAAUUCAAUUAUCUCAAUACAGCACGAACCUUAGAACUCUAUGGAGUUGAAUUGCACUAUGCAAGGGAUCAAAGUAACAAUGAAAUUAUGAUUGGAGUGAUGUCAGGAGGAAUACUAAUUUAUAAGAACAGGGUACGAAUUAACACCUUUCCAUGGUUGAAGAUUGUAAAAAUUUCUUUUAAGUGCAAGCAGUUUUUUAUUCAACUUAGAAAAGAAUUGCACGAAUCCAGAGAAACAUUACUGGGAUUCAACAUGGUGAAUUACAGAGCAUGUAAGAAUUUGUGGAAAGCCUGUGUAGAGCACCAUACGUUCUUUCGUUUGGAGAGACCACUUCCACCUCAGAAGAACUUUUUUGCACAUUAUUUUACCUUGGGCUCAAAGUUCCGGUACUGUGGGAGGACAGAAGUCCAGUCUGUACAGUAUGGAAAAGAAAAGGCAAACAAAGACAGGGUAUUUGCAAGGUCCCCAAGUAAACCUUUGGCCCGGAAGUUGAUGAGUGGGAUGGAUUGGGAGGUAGUGAGCCGGAAUUCAUUAUCGGAUGACCGGUUAGAAACACAGAGCUUACCAUCGCGCUCGCCGCCUGGAACCCCAAAUCAUCGCAACUCUGCGUUGACCCAAGAAGGAAGCCGGUUACGACCAUCUUCAGUCGGACAUUUAGUUGACCACAUAGUCCAUCCCUCCCCAAGUGACAUUUUUGCCAAUCACAGAUCUCCAUCAUCCACCCAGGCGAAUAGCAUCAUCCUGGAAUCAUCACCAUCUCAGGAUACUCCCGUAGAUGGCCCACCUCCUGCACUGCCGCCCAAGCAGUCGAAGAAAAGCAGUUGGAACCAAAUUGAUCAUUCAUCCUCCCAACAAGAACUGGAUAACCAUAUUCAUGAAGCAUUUGACGUUCCUUCUUCCCCUGAAAAAUCCACACCCAAUGGUGGUAUUCCCCAGGAUAAUCUUGUUCUAAUCAGAAUGAAACCUGAUGAAAGUGGAAGGUUUGGCUUCAAUGUGAAGGGAGGAUAUGAUCAGAAGAUGCCUGUGAUAGUGUCCAGGGUAGCUCCAGGAACAUCCGCAGACCUCUGCGUCCCUCGCUUGAACGAAGGGGAUCAGGUUGUACUGAUCAAUGGCAGGGACAUAGCGACUCAUACCCACGAUCAGGUGGUUAUGUUCAUCAAAGCUAGUUGCGAGAGACACUCAGGGGAACUCGUGCUCCUAGUUCGGCCUAACGCCGUCUACGACGUGGUAGAGGAAAAGCUGGAAAGCGAACCCGACUUCCAGUACAUUCCCGAGAAAUCUCCUCUAGACGGUGUCCAUCAAGAUGAUAACGCUCUGAAAGAGUCGAUGAUCCAGCUUGCCGAGGGGCUUGUCACUGGAACAGUCCUGAUGCAGUUUGAUCAACUGUACAGGAAAAAGCCUGGAAUGACAAUGUCUUGUGCCAAAUUACCUCAAAACAUUUCCAAAAAUAGAUACAGAGACAUUUCGCCUUAUGAUGCUACACGGGUCAUUUUAAAGGGCAGUGAUGACUACAUCAAUGCAAAUUAUAUAAAUAUGGAAAUCCCUUCUUCCAGCAUUAUCAAUCAGUACAUCGCUUGUCAGGGGCCAUUACCGAACACUUGUCCAGAUUUCUGGCAGAUGACGUGGGAGCAAGGCUCCUCCAUGGUUGUGAUGCUGACCACACAGGUUGAGCGGGGCCGGGUCAAGUGCCACCAGUAUUGGCCAGAGCCCCCGGGAAGCUCAUCUUAUGGAAAUUACCAAGUCACCUGUCAUUCAGAAGAAGAGAAUACUGCUUACGUCUUCAGGAAGAUGACACUAUGUAAUCUAGAGAAAAAUGAGAGUCGUCAGCUCACCCAGAUCCAGUACAUCGCCUGGCCUGACCACGGAGUCCCCGAUGAUUCCAGUGACUUCCUAGAUUUUGUUUGUCACGUACGAAACAAGAGGGCCGGCGGAGAAGAGCCUGUUGUUGUUCAUUGCAGUGCCGGGAUUGGACGGACGGGAGUUCUCAUCACUAUGGAAACAGCUAUGUGUCUCAUCGAAUGCAGUCAACCAGUCUAUCCACUAGAUAUUGUAAGGACAAUGAGAGAUCAAAGAGCCAUGAUGAUCCAGACACCUAGUCAAUACAGAUUUGUCUGUGAAGCAAUUUUGAAGGUUUAUGAAGAGGGAUUUGUUAAACCUUUAAAGACGGCACUGCCCGAAUAAGAGAGCGAAAGGGCCGGGAUCCAUAUUUGAAAAUCCCGACCGUUCUAAGCUGGCUGUAUUCACUGUCGUAAUGCUUGCAGGAAAUGGUCUCUGAGAACAAUGAAGAAUUGACAAAGGACUUUGAAAACUUCAGCACUGUUGCACUUUAUGUUGAAACAAAAGUCAGUCUCUGAAACACUAUAACUCAUGUUGGAAGACAAUUAUUUCGUGCGUUGCUCCAAACAAAGAGUGAACUAACUGAGUGUGUUCAGGGUAAUUUAUGAAAUUUCCUGGUCAUGCCAUACAGUCCCCUUCUGGUUGAAUUGCUACAAAAAAAAAAUUGUCGCCGUCUGUGCUACACCCGUCUGUCUUGAGAACUUACAAAAGACAACAUCAGGCCUCAGCCACGGUCUUUCUUUUCCAGUGCUUCAUCUCUGUGCCAUGUGGCUUUUGUCUUUUCCACCGUUAGCAAUACGAUUCUGAACGUUAGCCAACGCUACACUGCCCUCUGAUGCCGCCUCUGUUUGCCCCGUACUCCUUCCUCCCAGUACCGACCUACCGGGGGUGGAUUGAAAGGGGGAAUGUGCUUUUCUUGAGAAAAUGCUGCCCCUUGGCCCAUUUAGCCAGCAUCUGAUAACAGGCAUCGAUCCGAACCCCUGCCUCGGGACCGGGUUGGAGAACGAGCAUCAGUUUUCCGAGUCCUGGAGUCGGUUUGUUCCUGAUCACCUGACCUAAUAUCCCAGAAUGGAAACGAAUGCAUGGAUUGUGUCUUAACCCCUCAAGUGCCUUGAGACUUCUCCUCUGUCCAAUGAAAAGGCACGCAUAUGACCCCGUGGGGAGAUAUGAAAGUGUACAUGAUGCCGUUUUAUGCAUUUUUGAAGGAGUCCUUGUUUUUUGAAAAAAGCAUACAAAAAAGAAAAAAAAAAUGAACAGCCUCCACCGUUGGGAGUGCGUGGUCCUGCAAAGGAGUCUAGAAAAUGCCAUUCCUUCCUUUCUUACUCAGUUUUGGAGCUUAAGCAUCGGGAACAAAACUCCCCUAUUUUCUACUGAGUGUGAGAGAGCACUCUGCUGCUAUGAAAUUGUUGAACAUUUGGCACGUACCUUUGGUUUGGCUACUUCUUACAGCCUAGUGGGAGAAGCCACCACGGCUCUUGGAAUUUGCUUAUUGGAAUCCAUCUCCAGUUUAGGAAAACGGUCCUACUCUCCAGCUAUUCAGGCUAAAACAGACUGGUUUCCUAGAGCGAAAUGUGUAAUUACCAGUUGAAGUUCUUUCCCGUCACCCACCAAAAUACUACUCUUCUGAGUUUGGUUCCCAGCAGAUUUCAAACGAUGUUCACACUGGACUGUUGGUCUUUUUUUGUUGCCUUUUCCGUCUAAUGAGGAGUGAAAUGCUGUCCGUUUACUUCAAAAUUUUGUCCCAGUCCCUUGAAAACUGUGGUUGUGUUUUUCCUGUCCUUUGUUGUACAAUUAAAUUGCUCCAGUUUCUAUGUAUUGUUUCUUAUUUGGAUCCUGAACAUUUUCUUAGUAAGGUUUUUAUUUGUUCAACUGAUACGGUGUGUGAGCUCACUUCACGGUUGUGUGUGUUUGUGUCAUUCCCUCUUUUCUGUAUGUCUUCGUGGUUUUCUUGGGAGAAGCUAGUUCGAAAAAGGGUACCAAGUUGAUAUCCGUAGGACUGUCACCUCUCUGAAUGUUUUGUCAAAACCAAACCAUUCACCUCUAUGGCUUGACAAAGGGAGGUGCCUUUUGAAAUGGUUUCUGAAUAUGACUCUCCCCGGUACAUCAGACUAUUAAUGAAAAGCGGAGAUUUCAGUGGUGGGAAAUUCUACAAUUCCCUUAAAAUGAGAGGGUGCUUGCAUAGGGUAAGAGUCUUUAAUGUUCAGUUUGAAGCGAAUUUCAUUCUCAAAUAUUCAGUCCUCAUGAAAAUUAAUUCAAGGGUAUGAAGCUCCUAUGGCAAAUUUGUAUAAACAUCAAGAGGCCAGAUGGAUAAUAAAUAGAAUAUUAAAUAUUUUUAAAGGUAAAGAGAAAAUGAUUUUUUUGUUUGCUGAGAUGUAACUUUUAUUUCAGAAGAGAAAGUCUGUUACUGAUAAUGCUAAAAUUCACAUCCACCCCGACAUUAUUCAGUAGUGAAGAAAUCUGGUCCUAUUUAAACAUCCCACGUGACAUUGACCUCCAGUACAGGUAGAUAAAUUGUAACAGAAUGUGCCACCCAUACCUAAGGGUGGCGGGGGGGAAUGUGUGUGCAUUGUAUAAAAUUGUACGUGUGUGGGUCUGUGUGUAUGUACACACACACAUCCAUACAUGUACAAUUUUUAUACAAUGUACAAUUUGAGGAUUUUUCAAUCUCCUUCCUAGUCAAAAUGGAUUUUUGCCACAUUCCCAGGUUUUCUUACCCGCGUAACAUUUUGGAACCAAUCCCAAGUCAAAUCCCCUUAUCUAAAGGAGCCUGGAAGAGAGAAUCAUUUCAGUGUGAUUUCUUAAUUUGGAAAAUAGGGUGGUAAUCAGUGGUAUUUAUUGAGCGCUUCACACGUGCAGAGCACCAUGCUAAGCACCUCAAUAUUCCUAUUCCAAUCAAAUGAUGUUGCCUGUUAGCACUACGCAUAUGUAAGUUUGUUCAAAAUAAUGUGAGAUCUUAAUCCAGUAGUAGGUCUUUCCAUUCUAAUGGUGGCCAGUAAGGCCAUUUGAAAAAGAAUGUUGAUCCUUUUGCCUGGGGAGUGAUAGGAGUAAUUAUCAUUUAGAGAUAAACGAAAUACAACCUGGCUUUAAGCUUACCACUGUAUUAAGUCAAGUGCAAGAAAAAUGGUAUUUACCUAGAACUGUCUAAUGCACAUACUGAACUAGUGUGCUUGGGUGUUUUUAUGUAUAAACAUACACUAUGAAAACAUUUUGGGCUACAAUGCAAUUUUUAUGGAGGGCUAACUUAACGAAGCACUUAAUGUUUAGAAUUGAUAUAAAAUAUACAUCCAUGAUAUUAAAAGGUUUAUGUUCAUAUAAGGAAUUAAAACAUUGCCCUUUUAUAAUCACAUUCUGGGAGGGGGGGACAAGGAAACAGAAUAGUUUAUAACAGUGUACUGUAGAAAGUCUGUAUUUUGCAUAUUUCAAUUUUUCUCUGUCAAGUUGCCAAAGCAGUUUGAGUUCCCAAGAACCAUUUCUACCACAAUAAUGCGGGGUAUGUUUACUGCUGUUUUUAUCUUGUUUCAGUGACCUGUGGUAAAAAGUGGCUAAAAAAAAUGAUUUGCCCCUGAGCAAUCUCCAUCAACAAUGGCUUAGAUUAAUGUAGGGGAAUAGAUAGCAAAAAUAAGAAAUAAUAUUUAAAAUGAGAGAAAUCAUCUAAAAUUGGGUAAUAAAGUCACAAUGUGAGGAAAGAAUGUCAGCAGGUGCUUGUUUCCAAAGACAGUUAAGAAUUUCCAAGGGAGCAGGAGUAAAGCCUCUUAUUUUACCAUAAAAAUAUUAAAUCGAAUAAAGUUAUGCUUCUACCUGUUGUGGUAUAAAUGGCCUCAAAAUAUUUUGCUGUGGCCAAAAAAGUCAAAACUGCUGAUUCUCUGUUUGGGCUAUGAAAAUGUGUGUCAAAUAUCUAUACAAAAUAAGAAAAAAAAAUGGAGAAAAUAUUUUUUUUUUGGAAUGUGUUUCAUGCUGUAAAGAACAUGAAUGUAACUUUCAGGCAUAAUGACUUACAAAUGGUAAGAGUUAUGACUGGAUUUUAUGGGUAAUUAUUUUCAUACCAUUUGUUUUAAAACAGGGGGGUGGGAGGGCUUAAGAGAGAAAAGAAAAAAAUGUAAAGUUUAUUACACUUCCAUUAUACAAA